CUGGUCUUUCAUCCUACCAGUGCUAGCUCCUGUUGUAACAGCUCUUUCAUCUAAUAAGUGCUCUAUCGACAUGUUCUCUGUUCGCGCCUUCCUCCUCGUGAUCACCGUCACUCUCUUUGCCAUGCUUGUUAGUGGCUGCACCCAUCCCAGACGAGACCAUCGCGAAGAAGUCCUUGAAGCAGCUUGUCAUGAAGCGUGGCGAAGGGCCUACUCCCGUCAGACGGGCCGAUGAACACAAGCCUUCUCACUGGGCUCGUGCGGAGGUCGGCAAGAGAGCUGUGAACGCCUGAUCAAUAGAUCGCCCCCUCCUGUAUAAUUACCAUCCCCAUCCCUGUUUUCAUGUUAGGAAUAUGCAAGGACGUCCUAGUGGUGUUGCCAGCAUUGUUUUGUUCUCUCCCGUUCAUAUAUGAAUGAAUUUUGUGUAUCUAUUGUGUAGCUUUGACAGGUAUAGUGUUGUCUUCUCAGAAAUUCGUGCCUAGACUGUAGAUCCCGCGCGGCCUGACUUAAAAAUAAGCUUGACAGAGCGGUACCGGGAACUUUUG